AUGUCGGUUGAUAAAUCCAUGUUACCUGAAGUCGAUGAAUCUGUUCAUAGGCCCUAUUUGGCUUCCUUUGUCAAGAUUCAUACUUUGAUCAAAUAUAGCGCUUUUGAUGAGGUCUGUGUAAUGGUCCCGCUUGUUGCCAAGCUGAAGAAGCCGCAUCCUAGUACAGCAAUGAAGAUCCGUAUACUACAACACAAUACCGUAAUUAUCGCACCGGUGCACUCGGCAUCGAUCGUAUAUGUCUUCCUAAGCAUUUUGAUCUAG